UUCCAACCACACCCAGCAAACCGGUGGACGGAGGUAAAAAAUUGGAUCGAUUUGUCCACGACACAACGCCCCAAAAGUCCAACACCCUCGGCACGACACACUGAGCUCUAUAGAAAAACAACAACAAGGACAAGUCAUCAUCCAUCCUGUUGGAACGGUGCGAAAUUAAAGUUACAAAGCCCACCGGUGCAUAUGAAUCGUGUGCCGAACAUUGAAUUUAUCCACCACUAGAGAGUGAGAGGGACACAAGAAACAAGAGUAAACUCCAGUGCGAGGAAGUUAGUGUUAAAAUUAAAAUUUAAAUGUACUGCCUACGUGAAGAGUCUCAGCAUACGUAUCAGCAGCAAAAGCAGCAGCUACACCAGGACGUUUAUGAUCUGUAAUAAGCAGUGGAUUUAGCAUCAAACCUUAGCGAUGGAGAAAAUUGAACAACCCACGAGCGUCUCGGCUGGUACGGUGGAGACAAUGCUCAAAAAUGCUUCCACUUCGGAACAGGUGGCGAAAAAUGAAGGUAAAGCAGACACAGCGGAGUACUGUGACAACGUGAAAGAAACGAACGUGCGACAAAAGCGUAAGAAAGCGUCAGAAAAGAUCGAUGCGAGCGGUGUUACCGAUGUCAAGCCACCGUUGGAUCAUCGAUCGGUGGGCAAGGAAUCGAUCGUAUCCUCCCACCCCGCCCCAUCUUCGGAAGCGAUGGGAAAUCUUUCCAAAGCAAACGGAAAACGGCUUAAGCUGGAUCUGAAAACCCAUCCGGAACAACAGCACAAGCCGGAACCAACGUCACCGCUAGGGCUGUUGCACGAGGAAAAAGUGAUCGUCCGAAGCAAACCACCGAUUCCACCGAAACCGGAUGUAAGGACGAUCCCGGCACCGUCCCAGGGGCAACAGCGAGUGUCCAUUUCGCCGACCGGCACGCCUCAAGCAAAGGGCUGCAAGAAGCAGCAGGUGACAGAAGCGCACAAUGCCCAUACCGUCCAGAAGCUGCUGGCACAGAACGAACAGAUGAGGCUGGAACUGAGCGAACUCCGAACGAGCUUAGCUGCGGAGCGGAAUGCCGUCAGAGUGUUAAGGGCCCAAAACGAGUCCGAACUGCGAAAGACAAAAUCCGAAUGCAAGAAACUGCAGGAAGCUCUGCAGCACCAGAAACGCCAUUCCCAGGCCCAGUGCCAGAGUGUGUCCGUGGGUGGUGGUACACCGGCCAAGCGGGCACACCGGGGCGGGUCGGGGGAACAUGAACUCACGAGCGGCUGGGGUUCGGAGUCGCGCGGUCAGCAGCAGCAGCAACAUCAGCAGCAAUGUUGUCUGGAAGUUCUGAAGCUGAAUCAGGAGAUUUCUGCCCUGCGGGAAACGAACAGGUUCUUAGAGGAAAAAUAUCAAAUUUCCUCCGAGGCUGAACGGCAGAAAGCUUCCGAUAUACGCGUACAGCGAGAUCUGCACGAACUACGAUUGACUCAACUUUCCAAGUCAGCUAGAAACGAAAUCCAGCGCAUGCUGGAAGAGCUGAAAUCGAAGGAUCGCAGCAUAGCACAGCUCAAGAAGGAGCUCCAGGCUGCGCUCGCUGCCCAGGCAGGAGCCGGUGGUGGUUGUCGCAAGGAGAGAAAGGCUGCUAAAAAUUCCGCUCAGCAAUCGCACGAGGUGAGUGACUUGUGGUGACCGUUUGUCACCGAUGUCCAAAUGUUUCUUUCAAUCG